AAUAUAAAAACUUCAUGCAAACUGUAGUGGAGCGAUACCACAGUUCCAUGUCAGAUGUGAACACCUUUCAGUUGAUGUACGGCUGUGAGACGAAGGAUGAUAAUACCACUCGAGGAUACGUUGAGUAUGGUUAUAAUGGAGAAGACUUCAUGAGCUUUGAUAAGACCACACUCAGCUGGACUAAUGCUAAUUCUCAUGAUGAAAUCAUCAAGAACCAAUGGGAUACUGAUAAAACUAAAGUAAAAUACUGGCAAGCAUAUCUGGAGAGCACGUGCUUCGAGCGGCUGACAAAGAUUGUGAGCUACGGCAGGGAGACUCUGGAGAGAAAAGAUCCACCUGAGGUGUCUCUGCUGCAGAAAAACUCCUCGUCUCGCUGUCAUGCUACAGGUUUCUACCCCAAAAACGUCACAAUGACCUGGAAGAAAAACCACGAGGAUCAUUAUGAGAAUGUGAACAUCAGUUUGACUUUACCAAACGCAGAUGGAUCAUAUCAGAAGAGCAUUAGUCUUUCUGUGAAUCCUGAGGAGUGGAAGCAGAAUCCAGAUGUUUACAGAUGUGUGGUUCAACAUGUUGGAGCAGAGAAAGAGAUUGUUGUCCUUUUAAAUGAACACAACAUCAAGUCUAACUCAGCUUCUGACAGCAUCCUUGUGAAAUGUUUGGUGUUUAUCACUAUUGCAAUCGUAGUUGGAGGUGUGCUGGCUGCCAUUGUCUUAGCUGCCAAGAGGCUCAUUGAUUGGAGAAAGUCCAGAAAGAACCCGAAUUCAGGUCAUGUGAAGGAAAGCACCCCAAAAACUGACUUAGAAAUGACAAAGGAACCACUAAAAAAUGCAAAAUGAUUAAAAAAAAAUACAUUUAUGUUUAUUUUGUUUUGCUUAUUUUAUAAUUUAUCCACAUGAGAGAUGACUGAAAUUCUAAAAUGAGAGUUAAGACAUGACAUACACCUGUGUUAAGUUUCAGGAGUUCCCUUUUCAUUCAGGAUCCGCAAUUUUUUUAAAAUGGAAAUAUGGGAGACAUUUUUUCUCUUCUAAAAGAGCGUACCGGUAGUUUGUUUUUGUCAUUUUAUGAAUGAAAUGUAAAUUUAAUUGCAAUACCAAAAUACCUAAUGCAAAACCAUUGUUAAUGUCAUCAAUUGCACUAUACUGUUUUAUGUGUGUGUGCAUGUGUUAUUGACCACAACAUCCAUGUGAGUUUGCACAUCCUUAUCCCACUAUGUCACCCACAAAUGGGUCCUAACCCACAGUUUGAAAAUCCCCGUUGCACUUUAUUUAUAGCUUUCUUAAUUUGAUUUAAUUGUUUUUAUGGUUUUCUUUUUUUAACUUACUCUUGCAUGCCAUUUCACUAUAUUUGUUUUACUGUUGUU